GAUUUGUCCCCUCGUAGCCAUCGGCUCUCUCCAAUCGAUCUCCUGCCAUGUUCUGCCUUCGCAAGUGUCAUCAGCAUCUGCGCCGCGCAUCUGCGCUCCGGAAAACAGAGCAUCGAUCGGUGCUUCUUGGCUCGUCGUGGCAGCUGAUCAAGCGGGAGGAAUCGGAGGCGAGCUACUCAUCCCAGCGUCGUCUCUACCACCCAUGCCGUAGUAGCGGAGCGGCGGCGGCGCGCAGUACCGUGGGUGAGCCGGCACGGCGUGACAGGGUGACGGUCCUGACCAUCGACGGGGGCGGCAUCCGAGGCCUCAUCCCCGGCACUGUGCUCGCCUUCCUCGAGGCCCAGCUCCAGGGGCUGGACGGGCCGGACGCGAGGCUGGCAGACUACUUCGACUACAUAGCCGGGACGAGCACCGGCGGGCUCAUCACGGCGAUGCUGGCCGCGCCGGGAGAGGACGGUCGCCCGCUCUUCGCCGCCAGCGAUAUCAACCCCUUCUACCUCGACCACGGCCCGCGCAUCUUCCCUCAAAAGUGGAGCAAGCUCGCUGCUGUGAUAGCCGCGGCAUGGGGCCCCAAGUACGACGGCGACUACCUCCGCGGCACGAUCCGGGAAGUGCUCGGUGACACGAGGGUGCGCGACACGCUCACCAACGUCGUCAUCCCCACCUUCGACGUCAGGCUACUCCAGCCAAUCAUUUUCUCCACGUACGACGCCAAGAACACGUCUCUGAAGAACGCGCUGCUAUCCGACGUUUGCAUCGGCACGUCGGCGGCUCCGACCUACCUCCCGGCGCACUGCUUCCGGACCGAAGACGCCGAUGGGGCGGCGCGCGAGUACAACCUCAUCGACGGCGGUGUCGCCGCCAACAAUCCUACGAUGGUUGCCAUGACGAUGAUCACAGAGGAGAUCAUGGCCAAGGAGAAGCAGGCGGAGUACCUGCUAAAGGCGCCGGAGAAAGACUGCGGCCGGUUCCUGGUGCUGUCUAUCGGCACCGGCUUGACGUCCGGCGAGGAACAGUACACUGCGGAGAUGUGCUCCAAGUGGGGCGUUAUGGGUUGGCUGCGCAACAAGGGCAUGGCGCCCAUCAUCGACAUCUUCAUGGCCGCCAGCUCCGACCUCGUAGACAUCCACGUCGCCGUCAAGUUCCAGUUGCUUCGCAGCGAGAGGAACUACCUCCGCAUCCAGGACAACACGCUCGACGGCGUGGCGGCAGCGGUGGACGCGGCCACGCCGGAGAACAUGAGGAACCUCGUCCAGGUCGGCGAGCGCAUGCUGGCGCAGCGGGUGUCGAGGGUCAACGUGGAGACCGGGAGGUACGAGGAGGUACCCGGGGAGGGGAGCAACGCCGAAGCCCUCGCUGGCCUGGCGAGGCAGCUCUCCGAGGAGAGGACGGCAAGGCUCGAGCGGCGGGAGGCUGUGCCAGCCGGUGGCGCAGUAAGGAGCGCGGGUGGUCCAUAGAGUGCAUCUGCUUCUUGAGCAGGAUUUUGUAUUUCGGUUUGCCCAAAAAUUCCAGAAUUCCCGAAAUGAAACAAGUCUGGCAUAAUUUCGGAUGAAAUUUCGUUUGUAAUUGUUUGAACGCAUUAAUAAUUUUAA